AUGAAGAGAAACUUCGCGAAAUCUCUAGAGCAAACUGAAAUAAAGAAAAAGAAAUAAAGAGUAAGAGAGAGUAGUCCAGAUAAAGAUUCAGAUUAUUAUAACAAUAACAGUAACAACAAUUAUAAUAUUGUUGAUAUUAGACUUAGCAGAGAUAAAAUGUUUAAUGAUUCGGAUUAAAAAGACAAUAACAUAGAGAGACAGGAUUCUUUAAAGCUAUCUUAGCAUCACCUUUCAUAGAGAUCAAGGAAAUUCAUUAUUGUUGAUAUUGAUGAGUACUAAAAAAUGCGAUUGGUGAAGUAGACUCACACAAUUGAUUAAUAAUCUUAGAGGGAAACAAUCUCCAAAGAGGUUGUUAAAGGAGUCGAAAAGUAGAUCUAAAUCCAGGUCAUAAUCUAAUCUAAAGUAAUAAGCUACUCCGCCUAUAAUACCUGGCUAGUAGCCUUGCCUUAGAAGGCCAAUGACAGCAAACUUUAAAGUAGAUCAUUAUUAGCAAUUCUAAAAUUAAAGGAACCUUAUGAAAUCAAUAGAUCUUAGCAAUAAGAGCUCAAAUAAGUAACUAAAUAAUCAAACUUUUAGAAUUAGUUAAAAUAGGAAUCUUUUAAGCAAGAAGUCUAAAAUUUUAGAUUAAAUUAGAGAGAUUAUUCAAGCGUCAAAUUUGAUCUGCCUGAAGAUGAACCUGCUAUAGAUGUUGAGGAUUACAUUGAGAAAAAUGCUCAUUCAAAGUAUUAGAAAAAGAUGAGAUCAAGAUUUUAGGGAAUAUAUAAAGAUAUUUGGCAGUAGAGCCCCAAUAAAAUGAAUUAAAAUUCAAGCUCAAAGAGAGUUAUCUCUUCUAGAUAGCAAAUAAAAUGA